CUGAUAAAAGUGGUAGCUGGCUUGAAGUAGGGUAUUGGAUCAUACUCGUACCAAUGUCGAAUAAUCCAAGUGAAAGUGGCACAAACAACACUCAAUCGAGCGAAGAGGUCACACAAUUCAAUGCAAGCAACCUACACCAUAUGGGAGUAGCAGAAGUCGUUCAUGUUCGUCAAGGCCAAACCGAAGUCCGCAGCAAUCGCUUCCAGGACGACACCGUACUCGCCUUCCAAACCAAUUCAAAUGUAGGACAUUCGGUCCAAUCUGGCGAUGCAGAAAGCUAUUGUACAUUGUUCAACAAUAUCCCUGAAAAUCAACUAGGGCACGCCUGCCAUUGUCAUAAGGACACUGAAAUCGAUAAUACCUCAUUUUUAUUCAAUGGAGAUAUAGUGGAUGGUAGUGAGCCUUCGUUAGUAAGGAAACAUCACCUCCAAGGUGGCUCUGUUAGGAACCAUAGCAAAUUCGUUAAUGGGGAUCUGGAUCGGGAAGCCUUUCUGGCUUUUUUCUGCCAGCAAUGACAGUAUAGGCAGGUGAUGAGCCCGUCCCGAGCAGGCGAUUUCAUCGUGCUUUCUAGUAUCAUAUUGAAGGUUGUGUUUUAUUUUCUAUAACAGCUAUUGCUUUAUGUGCUAUAUGUACCAACAUAUAUAGCCAUGAUUGUUAGCCACAAAGCCCUUCCAUCAUGUCCUUGAAUAUUCCAUAAGAGACAAUGAGAUCUCUCAUCAUAAUAUAAUGGAAAGUAGCAUCUCCCAGUAUCAUUCUAUUACAGAGCAGGCGCUCAUAGCGUGUCGCUUUCCUAAAUAGGCUGGAGGAAACUUAGUUGGAAGCAAAAUAACAUCACAUGUACCAAAC